GAAAAAGAAUAAUGGAAGUCCUACCCUUUGCAAUCCUUGACAGGAUAAUCCACUUAUUCAAACUUUUUAUUUCGUUGACCAAUUUUGAACAUAGGAUACUUUUUCCUGCUACUUUAGUACAGUGGUGGCAUGUUGGCUGGACGAUGACUAUGGGAAAACAGUGAGAAGAAAUGUGUAUCACGUUAAAAUUGUUUUUCAUUUCAGUUUCUCAUCGAUGCUCCACUGUGGUUACCUCCAAUAAUACCUGGGUGUAGUGGCCGUUUCGUCCGGUUGUUCAACUCCGAGUCUGUUCAGACUGAGGAGACUCAGAAGAUGGGUCAUGGAACGGUUUCUGGUUCUGGAACCGUUCUUUGGCAUUGUUAAGGACUGCUGUCAGAUAAAGAGCUCUCUCCUUCAGAGCUUUGGUUCCAUCCGUCUAUGAUCAAUCUCCCAUUUUUCUCUGAGAGAGACCCCCCACCCCCCACGCCGGAAAUUCUCUCCUCUCUGAUUGGCUGUUUUUUUCAUGAACUGAACAGCUGGAUUCUCCUGGCUGCAGCACGCAGACAAAUUCACAAUUCCCUCUGUUCCCGCGUGUAUCUCUCCCGUGCACGCUCAUGCACCUUGCUGCAUUCUUGGUGAGCAGUUCACGUAUGUGGAGACUUACGCCGGAGAGCAUCACAGCCACACACACAUGCACGCUCUCCCCUCAUCGCUGCUCUGAUCCCUGUGCACGUUCUGCUGUGCUCCAACGCCUCGGCUCGCCGCGGAUUUCAGCCGCUCGCUCGUUGAGCGCUCAGUAACCAGAAGGUGUGUGGUGAUGGCAUGAGGCGGGGAUGUUUUGGGACAGGAAGAACACUGCAGGAAAUUCCCAGCGGCGGUCCAAAGGCAGACAGCGGCCAAAACCCAACACAGCCAGCAGCAGUUUGGAGGCAGAGAGCGGCAGGCGCGGCGGCGGCGGCAGUAGCCAAGGCGAUGCAAACCACGGCAGCGGCGGCGGCAGCGGAGGCAGCAGCAGCAGCACGGCCCAAUUCAGGUUGCCAUGGCAACAGAGCGUGAACGUGUUCGGCUCGUGGAGCAGGCCGGACUGUGUCGAGGAGCUGCACCAGCAGGCGCAGCUCAACCUCCAGAGCCUGCUGCAAGAGUUUGAGGAACAGCUGUUGGUUGACUCCAAGCUAAGCGGUCAGACCUUCCGCCAUCCGUCCUCUCAGAGUUCGGACGACACGUCGCUCAGCCACUCUCCCUCUUCCUUCAGCAACAGGAGACCGGACUUCAUCUUCCUGCCGGCAUCCAGGCAGCUCUACGAAGAUGAAACCACCUCCUCUGUGUUCGGGCUCAGGUCUGUGACCCAUCCGCCCCCCUCCCAGUCCCCAUGCAGCUCAGACCGCCCCCUUCUGGGCUGGAGCAGCAACAACUGUAGCAGCAGUGCAGCCAGCUCUUUUACCGCCGUACCGCCGGUCGCGGAGAAACCCCGCAGGCAGCCAGGAGGACAGCCGCUGUCUCAUCUCAGCGUCACAGGUGAAAAGGGAGGAGUCAGAUUCCACGGCGUGGACCUCCUGCAGCACUCUCAGUCCCCGCCCCCUCCUCCUGUAGACCCCUUCCCUCCACAGCCUCACUCCCUGGAGCCUGUGAGCGACACCCCACACCAAACUCUGCCACUGAGGAAGACGCGCUCCAACCUCGACUCCGCCUCAGAUAACAGCUUGGAGCAGCAUCCUCAGGAACAGACCAUGGACCACUCGGGCCUGCUGUACUCCAGCUCUUCCUCCACACCCUGGAACGGCCCUAAAGGCUCCACAUUUUCUCCCGCUGCCUGGAAUGAGUCUUACAAUCACACAGUGAGCAAAGGCCCAGCAGUUCCCCCUAAGCAGCACAGCAUCAUCAGGAGCGCCGGAGGAGCACAGGACGGGGUCAUGCUGGUGAGCUCAGGACAUUCGGGGAGCUCACACUCCAGCUCCUUCACCUCUGUGACUGCCGCUUCCAGCAGUACUUGGAACAGCCAGCAGGGGGGUUCGGGGGCGAUGGGGAGGAGGAGUGAAACGGAAGGGGCAGCAGCAGAGGGGGGCAAAGCUGAUGGUGGCAGGGAACCGGGCCGAGGAAGAGAAAGGUCAGCACGAUCCAUUGCAGCCCAGAAUGCCUUUAAGUUCCGAGAGCGCUCCCUCUCGACUCCCACGGAUUCUGGCUCCUUCUGCUUUGACUCAUUUGCCGGGAACGGGAAUACUCUAGCGACGGAAAGCCAACAUCACAACUUCCUGGGGGAAAGCUAUGCCUUCCUUUACCCCAAAGGGAGCUCCGAAGACAGCACAAGCACCGCCGACACCAUAUCCGUGUCUGCCUCCGAAUACAGCACAGAUGGCCGCCUGCGCUUCCCGUCCCGUUCCAUCUCGCUAAAGAAGUCCAAGCGCAAGCCUCCACCCCCUGUGAGGAGCGUCUCCCUCAUGAAAAACCUGGGAGAAACUGAGGGGAGAAUCCGACACGAAGGAGGGCUGAACCGCGAUGGCCGGCCAAAGAGCCUUCACAUACCCAGAGACCACUUCCCAGACUUCCAGCCGGACUUCCUCCUUCCAGCUUCUAAAGCCAGUGUUGGGGAACGCCAGCUGGGGAAAGGAGGACGCGAUGGACCUCCAAGUCUGGAGAUCCAGGCACCAGACACUGAAGGAGAAACAGAAGAGGCCUUUGCUAAUCAAUGGCAGCUUGGGGAGUGGAAGAGCAGCGACCCCUACAGGUCUUUGUCAGGCUCCAGCACCGCCACGGGGACCACAGUGAUGGAGUGCAUGAAGGUCAGAGGCAGCUCCGAGUCCCUUCUGGACUCCCCGUCCACAUCCAGAGCGACCUCGCCCUCCCAGCUCUCCGUGGAGACCGAUGCCAAGCCUUCCUCCCCGUUCAAACCUCCAGGGUUUAUGUCGCCGUCCAGUGGCUAUUCCAGUCAGUCGGAAACGCCCACCCCAACUGUUCCGCUCCGUCAUGUGGCAGGUCAGGGGUCGACUGGGUGUAAGAUGCGGCCAAAGAUACCAGAGAGGAAAUCAUCACUGCCCUCGCCUAAGGACCCGGCUGCCAGGUCCAGGCUGUCCUUUGAAAUGCCUGGGAACGCACACUUGGAGCUGUCAUCCAUCAAGCCAAAGCAAAAGGCCAGCAGGCGACAUUCUGACACCUCUACGACUCCAAAACCAGGAAAAAUCAGCCCCAAUUCUUCACAGGCCCUACCCGUGGUUACUCAGAAUGAGCUAAAGACCAUUCGACUUCGUUCCAUUUCCCGCGGCGACCUGGAAGACUGCCCCGAUGGAGCCUCCGACACCAUCGAAGAAGAGCUUCAUGGGAGAGACUUUAGUGAAGACCCCAGCCCCCCACCCACGCUCCCAAAACCAAAACCGCCUGUCGCCAUGAAGCCUCCACUGCCGAAGCGACCCAUAAACCUUCCCCUCAAGUCUCCGUCUCCCUCCUCCACCUCCCCCCACGCUGUUGACUCCCCUCCAGCCUCACCUGUGGAGCGGCCCGUGCCCUUAGGCAACAUCUACAAGGUCAUGAAAAAGCCCAAACCCAAAAGACCUCCCCCUCACUCCCCAACCAGCCCAACAGUUCUUCCUGAUGCCGCUUCGACUGGGUACCACCACCCCUUCCUCCCUCAAUCUGAUGCCCUCUUUGACCUCCCCCCUCUCCCAGACCCCCAGCCUCUUCUAGAAGACCCACUGCUUGAGCCUGAGCUCGACCCAGAACCAGAACUGCAGUUGGGUCCUGAAGAUGGAGGUUCGCUGCCGUCUCCUUGCAAUAACCAGGAGGUGCCAGAGCUUCAGGACAAGAGCAAGACACUCCCCUCCAGAAUGACUAUCUCCUGCCUGGCAGAGCUGUCUGACAAAAAGAAACCCAAGGUACCUCCUCCUGUCCCCAAGAAGCCGAAUGUCCUGCUUCUUCCCACAUCGCUUCACUCCUCCACGAACGGGAACACAGACCGUCAGAUACAUCCGAGCAGCACCCCUGCUGACCUGCGAUCUCCAACUGCAGCGUUCGCCCCAGAUGACAUUUCUUCUCAGGCUUCAGAGACUCUGUCUGACCAGGACAAGAACCACGUGGGAACAGAUGAAGACAGCUCCAAGGAGUCAUCGCUGCAGGAUUCCUCUCUUUCAGAGCUGGGAGAGAAGAUUUCAAGCACUGGGAUUGGAUCAGGGGACUCUGCUGUCAGCGAGAAGACUUCUUUCCACGUUGCAGAAGAAACAGACGAUGACUUGAUGAAAACACCACCAACACACACAACCGAGGACCUGUUCACCAUCAUACACAGAUCCAAGCGGAAGGUUCUGGGCCGCAAGGAGCCUUCUGAUUCCUUCAGCAGCCGGCAAAACCUGGUGUCGCCAGUGAAGCACUGCAGCAGCAGCAGCAGCGGGGCUGACCUGAGGAACCUGACACUGGGCAGUAGCCAGAGAUCCAGCUCCCGCAACGAGAACUUCAUGGCUCUGCUGCAGAAAAAGGGCAGCAAGUCUUCCAGCGGAGGAGCCAGGGUGUCUGCCAUGGAGCUGCUGAAGAGCACAAACCCUCUGGCUCGACGCAUCACAGAGUUUUCUACCCCAUCUACCAACGAGGGGGAGGAUCCGCCACUUGUCAGUGACAAACCCAUUGACCAAUGAAUGGAGGUCUACAGAACCCCCAUUGAGUGUACAGUCUGCAACCCCCCCACCCCCAUACCAGGACGGGACCCUGUUACUGUCCUUCAACCACUGACCGCCUGUUUGCACAGUCCAACCAGAAGGAGCAAAUUUUUGGACCAAGGCAUUCCUUACAGAAUCGUGGAUCGACCUCGCUCUUGCAGAGACUCUUUCUUCUCACUGCAACUAAACUCUUAAAAAAAAGGUUAAGGGGGUCCUUCAUUGAGAACAGGUCUGGAGGGGUGGUGAACGGACUAUGACACUGAGAAUGUAAGACUUUCGGAGACAAAAACUUUCUGGAGAAAGUCAACAGUUCCUAAAAACCCAACAACCCUGCAAGGAAUGAAGGUGUUGUUCCUGAACCUUGAACUGAUGGCAUCUCCAUUCUUCUGUUGUCCAUGCAGCUUUGUCUGACUUUUCGUAGAGAUGUUUAUGUCCCAUGUACCUGCUGGGGGUGACCUUCACACAUUCCUCACAGGAAGAACCCCUGCACUUUUCUUCUCCAAGGCUUCUUUGCUUCUUCUUCUUGUUCUUCUCCUCUGAGAGGAAUUUUAAUCUUGGCUUUCCCAUCGCAUAAUGCCUGAUGGAUGUUUCCUGUACUCGUCUUGUGAGACUUGCAGACUAAAUCUGGAUUCAAGAACCAGGAUCUUGGACCAGCUGUAGUUUCCAAUGGAAGGAUGGUUACCUGCACUUAUACCUGGUGCAAGCUUGGCCUGCACGAGUGCAAGUGUGUACAGGCCUGCUGAAUCUCCAAAUGGAGAGCAUGAAGCAGGUCUGGCUACUAAACAGGGUUUUUACUCAUUCUGUGUCUGUGCUCUUUGGACCAAAGGACUGUUGGAGUAUGCAGACAGAUUUGACAUAUGUACAUGUGUGCACGUGUGCAUGUGUGCACGUGUGUUUGUGCCAUUGGAAGUGCCAAUCAGAAAGUUAGCCGCCUGUAGAGGCAGGUGAACCUCAUUUUAUGUGUUCCUCGUGACUGUAUGUGUGGAACGACGUGGGUGUCCCCGGCCUCAAUGCAAGUCUAGGGGGUUCCUUAACCUCUGACCAGAACCAGAAGAACCUGGGACCCCAGAGUUCACUUAAAAUGUUCCACUAUGGGAGCUACAAAGAGACACCAGCAUGUGUAUAAGGAAAGACGGCUGGCAAUCAGGCAGGGGGUUUAGUGUAAUAAAAAAUAUAUCAGAAGAGCCAAGGAUCCAAAGAAAGAACCAUAGAGAUUCCAAAGGUUCUGGUAUCAUUAAGGUUUUGGUCACAGAUAGAACUUUCUAUUCAUUGUAGCCCAGCAAAGAGUUCUGGUCUGUUUAAUAAUCGGGACUAAAAGCCUUGAGGCUGUGUGAAAUGACAGACCUUGCGCUGAGCUCAGAAAGAUUGCGAAAAAGUCUGUCUGAAAAGACCUUAAGAGGUUCUAGACUCUGUUAAGUUCUGGUCUCGUUGAGAUUCUGGUCUCUAUGAGGUUCCAAGCUUAGUAAAGAUCUAGUAUAAGUAAGGUUCUGAUCUCAAUGAGGAUCUAGUCUCAGUGAUGCUUUAGUUUAAUUGAGGGUCUAGUCUCCAGUGAUCAUCUAGUCUCAAUGAGUUUCUAGCUUUACUGAGACUGGAGCAUCACUGAAAUAAGAGUAUCAGUGAGGCUCUAGUCUUACUGAGGCUCUAGUCUCAGUGAGGCUCUUGUCUCAUUGAGGUUCUAAUCUCACUGGUGUUCUCAUCCAAGUGAGGCUCUCGUCUUAAGGUGGCUUUAGUCUAAGUGAUGUUCCAGUCUAAUUGAUGCUCUAGUCUCAGUGAGUCUCUAGUCUAAUUGAAGCUCUAGUCUAAUUGAGACUUUUGUGUCAGCGGGAGUCUAGUCUCAGUGAUGCUCUAGUCUCAUUUAGGAUCUAGUCUCCUUUAGAUUCUAGUCUCAGUGAGGCUCCGAUCUCAAUGAGGUUCUGGUCUCAGUUGGAUACUAGUUUCAAUGAGGUUCUAGUCUAUUGAAGUUCUGGUCUUUUGAGGUUCUGGUCUCACUCCACCUUCUCAGUCACAAUCUAUCAACCACCCAACAAAGAAGACAACUCUCAGACAGGAUUUGUGUUUUUUCUGUUGCCCUUCCCCACCUGACCCCGCUGAUGGGGGUGUUCCCACAUUUUCCUCUUUCUCUCUCUUAUCUACAUUUUCAGGCAUUCCAAAAAUGUAGGGGGGAGGUUCAGGAGCAGCCUGUGUGUGUGUGUGCCUGUUGUGAUGGGAAAGGGGGGCGGCAUGCAUGUGGACAGAAUUUGUUGCCCCCCUUCCCAAAAAUCACUGACAUCAUGUGUUGGGCCUUUAGAGAGAGAUCUUCUGUUUUUGAACAAAAAGGUCAGAAUUCUUAUUAAAGUAUUCUUAGAAAAUAAAAGUUAUUCAAAAUAAAUAAACUUUAUUCCUAUAUAAUUUGAAAACUGUAACUUUAUUUACAUCUAAACUUGUUUGUCUGUGUGAAAGGAAACAGAAUGGACAGAUUUUAAAUUUGCCUUAGAAUCCAAACCCAGAAGCACUCAGUUCAGUCUAGCAAGCAGUAAAACCCCACCCCUCUGCCACCUUGAACAAGAAAAUCAAACACACCCCUGUCCAGUGUGGGUCCCAGCAUUGGUCUGAGAAGAUAACGCAGAUACAUAAAGACAGAGAGUAAUUGGAGCUAUUCUAUUUUUGUUAUUCCUCAUUUAAAAACAUAUUUAAAGUAAAAUGUGUGUAUCUAUCAGAAAUUCUCUUUUCUGCUCGUCCUUGCUUUGAUCAGCUGAUCGCUGCCUGUGAUGAAAUGAUGAUUAUAUCUAUAUGAAUAAAUUAUUUUUCUUGUUUAAA